UGAGGAACUUGGAAACUGGCAGAAGCACUCCAGGAGUAAAGAUGUUUUUUGGCCGUGAAAUAGUCAAUGUGGAAUUGCUGGAUGAACCAGAUUCAGGGAAGGGAACAGCAAUGCUCUCUGAGUGCACUUCAGCUGUUGAAGGGAACAAACAAGCAGACACAGGACCAGCAGAUUGUGGCCCAUGGAGUUCUCCUUGUGUUUCCCUAGAGAGCCAGCUCAGAGCCUCAAAUAGCUUAAAAUACUCUCUCUCAGGUAAUAAGAAGGAAGAAGAGAAUGUGGAGUACACAGUUGUUGAUUGUUUCCAGCAGAAAUUUGGCCCAGCAGUGCUGCACCUAAAACAGCAGUGUGUUGUCAGUAUCGCAGGAGAAGGUGUUAAUUUGUGUCGUCAUGGAAGACUCUCGUGGCUUGAGAUAGCAACGAAGAGCCGUAUUUUUCUAUUUGACAUCUUCCUUCUGGGACCUCAGGCUUUCAAAAAUGGAUUACAAAUGGUGCUGGAAGAUAAAAACAUCUUGAAGGUCAUGCAUGACUGCCGCUGGAUCUCAGACUGCUUCUUUCACCAGUACGGUGUCCUUCUCUUCAAUGUUUUUGAUACACAGGUUGCUGAUGCUCUGCAAUUCUCAAUGGCAACAGGUGGCUUCCUUCCGCACCGAGUCUGCACAUUACAGGAGUGUUUGAUGCAGCACUUGAAGAUACCUUCCAAAUCGGAUGCCAUCAUGAAGUGCAGGCAGCAGAUGGCUUCAGAGAAUCCUGACAUAUGGUUCCUGAGACCCUUUCCACCUUCUCUGCUUAAAGCACUUGCUCUGAAGGCUAUGUACCUUCUGCUGCUCCACUCAUCUCUAAUGGAUAAUUUGAUGUCUGACCUAACAGCUGUAGUACAUGGUUAUUUAAAUGCUUAUCGGACUGCGUCUGGAGAUCACCUUGGGAGCACGAAGCCCACUUGCAUGAAGCUGCCAGAGGAGCUGCGUCAGCUGGCAGACAUCCAGAAGCUUCGAAGAGAGAAAGCAAUAAAAGACUACAGAAUGAAUGAGGAUGGUCUUUUGAUCAGACCAGCCAUGGAAUUAAAAGAGAGAAGUGAUCCACAGAAGGAUGGAAACUACGGAGAUGAUGGGGAUUGCUUUCCCAACAAAUAA